AUGGCUCGGGGAAUCCAUGGCAAGGGUACCCCCCGCCGCAAGGUCAAGAAGGUCGUCCGCAACUCCGGCGCCGAUGACAAGAAGCUCCAGGCCGCUCUCAAGAAGCUGAACGUCCAGCCCAUCCAGGGUAUCGAGGAGGUCAACAUGUUCAAGGAGGACGGCAACGUCAUCCACUUCGCCAACCCCCGUGUCCACGGUGCCGUCCCCUCCAACACCUUCGCCCUGUACGGCAACGGCGAGGAGAAGGAGCUCACCGAGCUCGUCCCCAACAUCCUCAACCAGCUCGGCCCCGACUCCCUCGCUUCCCUGCGCAAGCUCGCCGAGAGCUACCAGAACAUGCAGAAGCAGCAGGGUGAUAAGAAGGACGACGAUGAGGAUGAUAUCCCCGACCUCGUCGAGGGCGAGAACUUCGAGACUAAGGAAUAA